GGAACAACCACAGGACUACAGGCAUUUGUAUGUAACUAUUUCUCUUCAAUAGCAGUACAGUAGGGAUAUAUUAAAAAAAACAUGAAAAGCCAAUUGAUAGGAUUAUUUAUGAACUUCUGGAUUUCUUUUUCACUUGCUUUGUAUUUUCACAUUGGAGAAAGAGAAGAGAAAUGUAUAAUUGAAGAUCUUCCCAGCGACACGUUGGUAUUUGGGAAUUACAAAGUACAACGCUGGGAUAUACAUAAACACGACUUUCUUGAAUCUGCUCCUGGUUUGGGAAUGUAUGUGACUGUCUCAACUCCUUCUGGUGAGGUACUAUUAUCAAAACUGUAUGGGCCACAAGGAACAUUUUCUUUUACAUCCCAUCUCUCUGGGGAGCACAUUAUCUGUUUCCAGUCAAACUCCACAAGACUUCUGGCAAUUGCAGGAAGUAAACUGCGUAUACAUUUGGACAUUAGAGUUGGAGAGCAUUUUUUGGAUGAAUCUGCUGUUCAAGCCAAAGAAAAAGUGGAUGAAGUUAAUAUCAGACUAGAACAUCUAAUUGAGCAAAUGCACCAUGUAUCCAAAGAACAAGACUAUGAAAGAGAACGUGAAGAAAAAUUUCGGAAGACAAGUGAAGAAACCAACAGCAAUAUUUUGUGGUGGGCUAUAGUACAAACACUGAUCCUCAUCUCUGUUGGAAUCUGGCAAAUCAAAUCUCUCAGAGAUUUCUUUAUAGCUAAGAAACUUGUUUAAAUUCUAUAAAGUAAAUGCACAGAUUCAGAAAUUGCACAUCAUGUAACACUGAACAUCAUAAGAAACCCUGUAACUAAAAGAAAAUUGGUUGCAUAGAACUCUCAAGUUUCUCUCAUCUUCUACUCUGAUUCUAACUCUGGUUUCUCCAUCUAUGUCACAACCUCUU